GGUAGUGGUGGUGCAAAUCAUGAGUGGGUGCUAUCUUUCUUUGUGUUUUUGGGUAAUUUUCUCUCUCAUCCAAACAGGUGCACCAGGGGGCUGUGUUAGUAAUGUCACGGGUGCAUGUCCUCCUUCAUGUCCACACCAAAACCAACCACCCAAUAAAUAUCACAUCAUUAAACCAUCCAUGCAUUAUAUAUAGCCUCACUUGCGAAAAUUCACAAGUUAGCUUUCUCAUUACAAAUCACAAAAAGAAAAGAAAAAAAUGCUACCCAACAUCAUGUAUUUCACUCUCAUCCUUUUCUUCUUGCUAGCCAGCCUUUCAUGGGCAUACAACUCCGGUGCCGGUGGUGACGGUGGUGGUGGUGGUGGUGGUGGUGAAGGGGGUGGAGGAAAGAUGGAGUCAUCACCGGAGGUGGCUUUGGGUCCAAGUGGCGCGACCGGGGUGCCAAGGGGGGAGAGCGGGUCGGGUCAUGGUCCGAAUUGGGACUAUAGUUGGGGUUGGGGUUCAAGCCCGGGAUCGGGAUGGGGUUAUGGAUCAGGGUCAGGAAGGUCACCAAAUGGGUUUGGCAAGGGUUUUGGGUAUGGUUUUGGUUCCGGAUCUGGGUCGGGCUCUGGGUUUGGAUAUGGGACAGGAGGUGGAGAAGCUAAUGGAGGCGGAUACGGAUCCGGAACGGGUUCGGGUGGUGAUGGAGGUGGCAGCGGUAGCGGAAGUGGCGGUCCUGGUGGAUAUGGAAACCGAUCACCGCCGUCAAUCUCUAAUGACAGGAACAAAAACGGGUAAAGAAACCGCGUUUGGAGUUUUGUGUUCUUGGCAUGUCCUUUUUGGAGAAAAUGAUGAUCUAACCAUAUAUAAUACAUGUAGUAGUAAUAUGGUAUGUUAGCAAUAUAAUUAUGUCUUUGUUACAUACAUAUAUACUAUAUGUCCAUCUAGUACCAUUACUUCAAUGAACAAUAUAGAGGGUUCUAUUAUGUUAACUGCAAA